AUUUAAUUUAGUUUUCUACUUGGGGUUUCAGGGUUUCUUAAUAAAUCACGAAGUUAGUUUUGGUGGUUUCGUGGCAUACUUCAUUGUCUUGCAAGUCAGUCUUGAACAAUGUUCUGCCUUAAGUACGUUAACCUUAUCCAACCCACGUCAUAAAGAAGGGUUUGUUUUAGGUGUGAAGUUUAUUUGCCCGUAAUUAAGUGUCCACAGCAUGCGAUGCUUGCUUUUCUUCACCCUUACAAUCCUCUCCAGUCCAUAAUGUUCAUUCCUGUUGGAAACUUAAGAGAUUCUUUACCUAUCAGCUCUCUACCCAAGGUUUUGUUCUACUUCCUCUUAGAUUCAGGGAUUCAGUGUAAACACGGUCCUCAUCUUACGAGUGUGUGAAAAUUGGCUAGGGAAGAAACACAUCACUCAAGGUUGUGGCUUGUUACCAGCAAAGCAUCAUGAGUAGGGAAUUAUUUGACUGACUUGUUGGUAGACAUUGUGAGGUUCUUUCAAGCAGAAUGUCUUGUGGUUCCUGGAAGCUUUUUCUAAUUUUGGUUUUCACUUUAUGUGUAUGGGUGUUUUGCCUACUUUAUGUCUGUGGACCAGUAUACAGGGUACCAGGACCCUGGUACCCACAGAGACUGGAAGAAUGCAACUGGAGCUGGAGUUGCAGGUGGUUGUGGGGCAAUGUGUAGGUGCUGUGGGAAUCAAACCCAGUUUCCCAGGAACAGCACCCAUUGUUCUAAAUUGUAAGUCGUCUUUCAAACAGCCUCCAGGUUUCUUUUUAAAGGAUGGGCAACAUAUGAUGUCUGAGGUGUCUAUUAUGAAGAGUCAAUUUUAUCAAUAAAUUUAUUAAUAAAAAUAAUCUUCAUGCAUUUAAAUAACUUGCUCUUAAGAAAAAGUACACAUCGAAGAAAGUUUUGCAACCUAUGCUUCUGUCAAUUUCUACAAAAAUAUCAAAAAUUGUAUGGUUUGAAUUAUUUACUCGUUUAUGCAUUUACUGAUUGAUGGUGCUAGGGAUCAAACCCAGGGCCUCAUACUUACACAGCAAGCACUCUUACCUACUGGACCAUAUCCCAAGUCCUAGAGUAUAAAAUUAUGGAUAUCCAAUUAAAAUCUUUGUCUACUGAUGAGUUAUUAGGUAACCUUGCUUUUCUCAAAGGAAGAGCCUUCUGAACGUUCUUUUUUCUGCCAUAAUAUUAAAAAAUAAAUAAAUCUGUUAUCCUUCAAGGAUGAUGACAUUAAAUAUCUGUCUUAAAUCAAAUAGGCCACUCACUACUUGUCAACUAAAAUACCUGUGAUUUCCUCCAUGGGAGAUUAAUGAAGUCCUGUCUCCUUCGUUCACUAUACUGGUUGCUACUAACAUCCCUUCACAGUAAACUGUCUACACGUGUUUUGAAUAGUAAUGAGAACUCAUAAUACAGGUAACCCAACUCAGACCUCGGUCUAAGACAGGGACGCUGCUUAUGUUUCAUAGCUUUAGACUGGGGGCCUGGAAACUUUCUCAAAGACUUCACAAGUCUAUCUAUCUUUCUGCACGUGGCAGCACAUAUGGGUCACUCUGCAAAGCUACGCUGAGAGCUGGGUUUGUUUCCUUAGCACACUAAUGUACUAUUAGGUAGAUGUUCAUAAACCUAUCCCGAUUUUUAAAAUGAAGUCUUGACACUGUAAGGUAAGAAUUUCAAUUUCUUGGUUAAACAAACUCGAUGUGGAUAAGCCAUAAAGGACUCGGUGGUACAUAAAAAUCAAACUUUUCUGGAGAAGUAAAAAAACAACAACAACAAAAAAAAACAUAUUGAUCUCAUGUUAUGGGAGUCUUUUUGUCAGAAUUAAAACUUAAUUAAAUAUAAGCAUUGCAACACAAUGCAGCAAUAUAAUAUACAGAAGAAAAAAAAAACCCUUGGAAAUGAAGAUAACUAAACUUAAGAGGGAAUAAAAAAUAGAAUUGGUGUAGUAACUGGUUAGGACUCUAAGCGUCGCUGUUCACCUGACUGGGAAAGAAGCCGCCAUAGAAGCGACCAGCUCUCAGCGUCCUCCGCACCAGAGACCAGAUAAGCUCUUGGGAAAAGCCACCAUCCUAAGUCCCGCUCUCCCUAGCUUCAGAGAAAUAAGUAAACAGCAGGCUGAACUAGGACUAAGAGGAAAGCGAAGAAAGAAACGACAAUGGCGGACCCACCGAGGCGCUGGACCAGCAACGACCUGCUGACCUUCUUCAUGCUGCUGGGGACCCUGUGUGCGCCAGGAAAAGGGCUGAUCCGCUACUCUGUGCGGGAGGAACUGGACAAAGGCUCCUUUGUGGGCAACAUCUCCAAGGACCUGGGGCUGGAGCCCCGCGAGCUGGCGGAGCGCGGAGUCCGCAUCGUCUCCAGAGGUAGGUCGCAGCUUUUCUCUCUGAACCCGCGAGGCGGCAGCCUGGUCACCGCAGGCAGGAUAGACCGGGAGGAGCUGUGCGCUCAGAGCGCGCCCUGUCUCGUCAGCUUUAACAUCUUGGUUGAGAAUAAAAUGAAAAUUUAUGGAGUAGAAGUAGAAAUCCUUGAUAUUAAUGAUAACCUCCCCCGGUUCCGCGACGAGGAGUUAAAAGUAAAAGUUAAUGAAAACGCAGCUGCAGGAACACGUUUGGUGCUCCCUUUCGCGAGAGAUGGGGAUGUGGGUGUGAAUUCCCUCCAGGCUUACCAGCUCAGCUCCAACCCGCACUUCUCUCUGGACGUGAAGAGCGGAUCUGACGGGCAAAAACAUCCAGAGUUGGUGUUGGAACAGCCCCUAGACCGUGAGAAGGAGUCUGCUCAUGACCUGAUCCUCACAGCUUUGGAUGGCGGAAACCCAGUACAUUCUAGCACCGUCCAUAUCAGCGUGACCGUCCUUGAUGCAAACGAUAACGCACCCCUGUUCACCCAAAACGAAUAUAGGGUGAGUGUCCCAGAGAACACACCUGUGGGCACUAAACUCCUCACACUCACCGCCACUGAUGCAGACGAGGGAAUCAACGCAAAGUUGACCUUCUCUUUCCGCAACGAAGAAGACAAAAUUUCUGAAACUUUCCAACUCGAUUCUAAUCUUGGGGAAAUCUCAACUAUUCAAUCCCUGGACUAUGAAGAAUCCAGAUUCUAUCUCAUGGAAGUGGUAGCCCAGGACGGAGGCGCUCUUCUUGCCAGCGCUAAGGUGUUGGUCACGGUCCAGGAUGUGAAUGACAAUGCCCCGGAAGUGAUACUCACCUCCCUCACCAGUUCCGUCUCUGAAGACUGUCUGCCCGGAACCAUAAUUGCGCUCUUCAGCGUACACGAUGCUGAUUCUGGAGAGAAUGGAGAGAUUAUGUGUUCUAUUCCCAAGAACCUGCCCUUCAAACUGGAAAAGUCAGUUGAUAAUUACUAUCACCUACUAACAACAAGAGCACUGGAUAGAGAAGAGACUUCAGAUUAUAACAUCACAAUAACCGUUGUUGACCGUGGAACUCCUCCACUGUCUACAGAAAACCACAUCUCUCUGAAUGUAGCCGACAUAAAUGACAACCCGCCCACCUUCUCUAGACCCUUCUAUUCCACUUCCAUCUCAGAAAAUAACCCCAGAGGUGUCUCCAUUUUUUCGGUGAAUGCCUAUGAUGCUGACAGUGGCGAUAAUGCCCGGGUCACUUACUCCUUAGCUGAAUAUACAUUUCAAGAAGUGCCUGUGUCCUCCUACGUCUCCAUUAACUCCGACACUGGUGUCCUGUAUGCGUUGCAAUCCUUUGACUAUGAGCACUUGAGAGACCUGCAGCUACUGGUGACAGCUAAGGACAGCGGGAACCCUCCACUCAGCAGCAAUGUGUCCCUGAGCUUGUUUGUGCUGGACCAGAAUGACAACAUUCCUGAGAUCCUGUACCCAGCUAUUCCUACUGAUGGCUCCACGGGUGUGGAACUGGCCCCCCGCUCUGCAGAGCCUGGAUACCUGGUAACCAAAGUAGUGGCAGUGGACAAAGAUUCGGGACAGAACGCCUGGUUGUCCUACCGCCUGCUCAAGGCCAGUGAACCGGGACUCUUCUCCAUAGGGCUUCACACAGGGGAGGUGUGCACGGCAAGGGCUCUAUUGGAUAGAGAUGUACUCAAGCAGAGCCUGGUGGUGGCUGUCCAGGACCAUGGCCAGCCCCCUCUCUCAGCCACUGUCACACUCACUAUCGCUGUAGGGGAUAGCAUCCCGGAUGUACUGACUGACUUAGGCAACCACAACACACCAGCAGAACCCCAGGAUUCAGACCUCACACUCUAUCUAGUGGUAUCUGUGGCAGUGGUCUCCUGUGUCUUUCUGGGAUUUGUUACUGUGCUGCUGGCCCUCAGGUUGAGGCACUGGCACAUGUCACGCCUGCUUCAGAGUUCCACAGGCAGAUUGGCCAACAUGCCCGCCUCCCAUUUUGUGGGCAUGGAUGGAGUACAGGCUUACCUGCAGACCUAUUCCCAUGAAAUCUCUCUCACUACAGACUCCAAAAAGAGCCACCUGAUCUUCCCCCAGCCCAAUUAUGCUGACAGGCUCAUUAGUGAAGAGAGCUGUGAGAAGAGUGAGCCUCUUCUCCUACCUGACAAUAUACACACAAACAGAGAAGAGCCUGGAGCUGCUCAGAAUAAGAAACUAAGAGCAGUGGGAUUUACAGCUUUUAUAAGUUAAAGGAGAAUAAAAUUAAAUUUUACGGCACCCACCAAACUUGUACUUCAAGAAUAUUUGUGCUACUUCUUCUGCAUUCACCAGCAGUUUCGUUCAUUUACAUAUUUUUCAAAUAUAUUGUUGGUCCCUCAGAUCUGCUAAGGUAAACAGGGAGGUAUCAUUAUUAUUAUUUUAUGAACAUAGAAGUGGAAACUGUAACUAUGCCGAUACAAUUAUUACAGAAAGGUAACCUCUGCUGUGAGAAGUGAUGAAUUACUUAAUUUGGAGGAAUAUAAAAUUCCAAUUUGAACAAAUGGCAGCCAUGCUGCAUAGGGAGUAUUAAAAUGUUGACAAUGCAAAGGUUGCUUUUGUCAUCAAUACACAGAAAAAUAUUAUUCUAACUGGAUCUUUAUUUGGAGCCAUUAGCAGCACUGCUGCAACUUCUAAGUGCAGAGUGCCUCUGUUAGCUAACUAUGAGCAAAGUUUUGGCUCAUAAAGCUGUGGUGGAAUUAUCUGAGAACCCUAAAUUUGUCUGUCUCCCACAAAAAUAUCUAUCAGAGAACCUACCAGAAGGACAAAGCAAGUACACCAAACCCACAGAAUCUCCCAGUAGAGCACAGGAAACCUAGCCAGGCUACAGCCUAUCAUAUUUCUCCUCGACUGUCUGUUUUCUUCCUGAUGUUCUUGGAGAUUUGCUAAUUUAUUCUGGAAGAGCCAGCCAUGGGCUCACUUCUGAAGGACCUUACCAAAGAUCUGACAUGCUCACUCGUAAACAACAGAUUAAUACCAAGAAAACACUUUGCCAUUGGAUUAGUUUGGGUUUUAUUCCUGCAAAGACACAUCAUGACCAAAGCAACUCUUAUAAAGGCAAACAUUUAAUUGGGGCUGGCUUACAGGUUAAGAGGUUUGUCAUCAUGUCAGGAAGCAUGGCAGCAUGAAGGCAGACAUGGUGCUGGAGAAAGAGCUGAGAGUUCUACAUCUUGAUCCGAAAGCAGCCAGGAGAUGACUAUCUUGUACAGACUCUUUACCGCACUCGGCAGAACCUGAGCAUAGGAGUCCUCAGAGGAUACCUACACAGUGACGCACUUCCUCCAACAAGGCCAACCCUACUCCAAUAAGGCCACACCUCCACAUAGUGCCACUCCCUAUGGUGAAGCAUUGAAACACAUGAAUCUGUGGGGGCCAAACUUAUUCAAACCACCACAGCGGUGAACACAAAGAGAAGGAAUUUACCUGUGAGUGACCUUGCAGAUCAAGAGCAAACUUGUAGUCAGAAGUUGACCUGUAUAUUGGAAUUCAAAAUGAUUGACAAAAAGCUGUUAAAUGUUUAUGUACAAGUGGGCUAAUCAAGAGUAUUAACAAACACUCACUAGCAUUAUCAGAAAUAUCACCAUGCUGGAAAUCAUCAAACUGGAUCUAACUUGGCCCACCUUAAAAUGAAUGUAGAUGUCAGUCCAUUGCAGUAACACUGCCUGUCUUAAUUACUUUUGAUUGCUGUGAAGAUACUCUAUGACCAAGGCAACUUACAUAAGAAUGAGUUUAUUUGGGUUAACUGUUUCAGAGGGUGAGUUCAUGGCCAUAAUGGUGGGGAACAUGGCAGGAGACAGUCAGGCAGGCAUGGGGCAGGUGCAGUAGCUGAGAACUUACAUGCUGAGACAACAGCCACGAGGCAGAGAGAGAAAGCUAACUGGGAAUGGCCUAGACUUUUGAACCCCACCCCCUACUGAUAUGCCUCCAAACAAGGCCACACUUCCAGCAAAGUCACAUCCCCUGUGAGGCCACACCUUCUAAUCCUUUCUAAACAGUUCUAUCAAUGACAAAGCAUUCAAACAUAAGCCUAUGAGGUUAAUUCUCAUUCAAACCACCACACACUGCCUCAGCCCACAUCACACUUCACUUUCUUCAAAAGGAGAACCCAUAUGGCAGAUGUUACUAGUAUGGGAAGUACCUCUGGUCAGAGAAAGGCAUUCCUACUCUUCACCACCAUGGACAAAGGGUAUGCCAUCUAGAUACUGUACCACCCAGAUCAUGGAAUUAUGGCAGAUGAAAAUAACCUUCCCCAAGAGUGACGGCUGAUGCCCCAGAUGAGAUCCUCAGUGGCGAGAUUAUCUAUUCCUUUACCAAUGCUGAUAACGCAGACAACUGCUCAAGUGUGUUCAAGGGGGACACUCACCACUUAGGGAUAAUUGGUCUUUGAAGAAAUGGAGAGCUACAUAGUUGGGGUGCAAGCAAGUGAUGGAAGAAGUCACACUGUGCAUUGCAAAACAUAAUGGGGAAAUUUUGUGCUUAACAAAAGGAAAAUUCCACUUACAAUAUAGGUCAAGAUUCAAAACACAUACAUAAGUAGGGAACAAAUGGAGCCUUAGACCAGGAACAGAUUCCAGAGUAUAUUGUCAUUAUCAUAGCAGUGGACAAAGGAAAUCUGUCCCAUUCUUCAAGCACACACUUCAUUCUGUAGAUCUCAGACAUCAGUGUCACCACUCAGUUUUCCACCAGGCCUCCUAUAUGGUUCAUAUAACUGAGAACAAUCCCCUUCUAGACCCCACCACCAUGCUACUAGGUCCUUCAGAACCUGAUUUGGGGCCCAUCAGUCAUGUAGCCUACUCCAUCUUGGCCAGUGGCCUAGAGCAAAGGUCAUUAUCCUAUAUGCCCCAAGUAGAGUUUGUAUGACCAUAAGAAGCUAUACUCUUUCAAGCUGACACUAAAGCCCCACAUUCAGGAUUCUCCAGCCUCAGUGUCAAGGUGGGCAUGCGCAUGCUGGUGAGCCAGAUCUGUGACAGCGUCCAACAUAUGCUUCACCCUGUGCCAGGGCACAACAGUAAGCUCUUCUACAUAAUACUGCCAACCACAGAGCAUCUGGUUAUCUAAUCAUCAAAGUAGUGCUGAUCAAUGUGGACUCUGAAGACGAUGCUUCCUUCUCCUGCCAUAUGGGAGUCUACAGCCUAGGAUUUCUCAUAGGAAAUGUUGUACUGGGCCUAGUUUGAAAAACAAGAUGAAGUCCAUCGCUGCCUCUGACUAUAAUAAAAAUGAAGGUCAGCUACCUCAUUCGGUCUCUGCUGCACUGCAUGUAAUCUUUGCAGAUGACUUGCAAGAGGUACUUCGGACUUUAGGGAUUACCCAAUCCUCUUUGACCCCCUAGGCAAGCUCUAGAUUUGCCUGAUGGUAGUCUUGACCUUGAUCUUUGUGCUCUUUCUCCCUACCAUGGUUGUGGCUAUUGCCCUAUAUCUGUGACACUUCUAUAGGCACAUCAUUGGAGUCUGUUUUGAGUUGGAUCUCUGCUCCGAGGCUCCAUAGGAAGUUUUUCUCUUCCCCAACUAUGACAAGGGAAAUCUGCCAUAUUCUUCCAGUGGCUUGGAUGCCUAACAUUCUCCAGGUACUGAGUUUAAUUUUCUCAGUAGAAAGCCCAAAUAUGCUCUACUACAAGAUAAAGACAACCCAACAUGACCUUAAUUCAACAAACUUGCAAACAAUUCCUUAAAAAAAAAUCUUUCCUAUGUGUAAUUAGUAGAGAACUUGUUAACUUAGAGUUGAAACACUGCAGAUUAAGUACUACAUGAUUCUGUUUUAUUAAUUUUUUCUUGGCAUGGAGCAUGCCCUUUGUAAGUAAAUUUGUGUUGCAAUUGCUGUUUUGUAGAAAGUCUCCUAAUGGUCUCAAAUUUUUUGUUAAUUCUAAAGCAAUACAACUGAAAACAUUUCAAUGAAGUAAUAUGCCACACUAUUAUUUUUCUAUAUUAUCUACCUCCUUAAUAGUGCUUAGGUGUUUGACACCUAAACAAGCAUUCUAACACUGGGUUAUAGUCCUGUCUUGGUCAUUGUUCUAUUGCUAUGAAAAGACUAUAUCAUGACUAUAUCAACUCUUUUGAAGAAAAGCAUUUAAUUGGGGCUUGCUUACAGUUUUAGAGGUUUAAUCUGUCAUCAUCAUGGCAGGAAGCAUGGCAGCAUGCAGUCAGAUAUGAUACUAAAGUUGUAGCUGAGAAGUCUACCUCUGGAUCCACAGACAGCAAGAAGAGACUGACUUGGGCUUUUGAAACUCCAAAGCCCAUCCCCAGUGGUACACUUCCUCCAACAACACCACACCUACUGCAACAAUGCCACACCUCUUAAUCCUUCCAAAUAGUGCUACUCCCUAAGAAAUCAAAUGUAUGAGCCUAUAGUGGGUAAUUCUUAUUCAAACUGCCACAGUUCCUAACCACGGACAUUAUUUCCUGAAUUAACACAACUCUAUAAAAUUAGGUGAUCCGCCUACCUUGAGUGCAGUCACAACUAUCCUGUGUAGAACACAAUAAAUAAAUGUCUUAAAAUGUCUUAUGCAGCACAGAAGACAAGUGCAAUAAUACAUCCUGUUUUGCAACCCAGAAUGCAUUGUUUAAUAUGAGUUUUGAUACAUACAAAAAGGAAUAUGGCACACAAAAUAACUCAGGGGCAUGAUGGGAAGAGGGCACGGAGGGUGAGGCUGGUCUCGAGCAUAAGGUCUGAGUGAAAAAUACCCGUGAAUAGAUGUUUGUUUCAACGUAGCACUGGCAUAUUCUACAUACAGAAUAAUAUUCUGAGAGUGAUAGGAAUGGGAAUUUGUUCAUAACAGAUGUACAGUGUCAGCACAUGAGAGGCGGAUCUGCCUUAUGGUUCCUAAGGAGAAGUCAGAAAUCCUCCGGUGGAGAAUGUUUUAGUGGGGGUGAUUAUGUGUCUUUAAUUCAAGGAAAGAGAAAAGAAUCGUGGCUGAUAUCACAACUGGAUUAAUCAUCUUUCUUUGAGAAAGGGCUAUUUUCAGAAAUCUUAAAUUUGGGUUAGCUUGAUGGACAGUGAAGGAAUCGCACGUGGAAUGCUUUAAAUAAAAAUAUAUUAACUUUACAAUUAAAAAAGUUGUAUGCACUCUAUACAUUUUUACUUCCUUCAACAAUUUUUAAAAAGCAUACCCAAAUGUAACCGAUGUUAGAACCAUUCUUUAAGUGUUAACAGGAACCUAUAAUGACAUGUAAAAAUAGCAUCUCCUCUGCUUGCUCACACUGGAGUUGAUUCGUUGAGAAUGUGUUUGUAUCAGUGACAUUACUGAAAAUGGGCAAAUGCAGGUGAGGAUUCAAGAGUUCCACAAAAAUGUGAUACCAUUCCUGUUCUGCAGGAUUCCAAGAGAUAUUUCCUCAAAAUGAGUGAGAAGUUUUCAGAGAACACUUAAGACCGUUUGAAAUCGAGCAUAUUACUAUUGUUUCAGUUACUCUCUGAGAGAAAUAUAAAUGUCAUAACUGCACAUUUAACAGGAAAAAUAAAAAUCCUCUACCAGUUUCACAAAACGAGUGCAGUAUGAAAUUUAGACUCUGAGUGUCGCUGUUUCCUAACCCGAGCAAGAAAAUCAGUGGGAGCAAGGGUCUGUCCUUAUAAGAUACUAAACCUAUGCAAAAAAUUCUAACCUGAAAUGGUUCUCAACUGGCCUCUGUGCGUUUAAGGACCUUGGCCUCUAAUUCUGUGGAUUACCAACUGGUCUGGGGCUGUUCUUCCUACCAGCAAUCGCUGGGAAGUCUUUAACAAGCC